GCAAAAAAUCCCAUGUCUAGACUCGUGAACUCGCGCUAUGAUUAACGUAGAAAUUCAUUCUCAACUCCAUUACUUAAUCUUUCUUUUCGAGGUCAUAUUCCUCUCCACUCAACCCACUCACUAACUUGAGCAUCGGAGAGUGUCCCCGCCGAGAUCGGCCGGCGGACCUUUUUUGCAGGAGACGACCGGAGCUGACAUCACAAGUGAAGUUUGAGGUGAAAGGUGGUCGUCGACCGACUUCGGUGCCCAACAUAAAAUUCAAUGUCGGCUACAACCCCGACAUCAACAAUUGGCACCCACCGUGGGGCCCCGGAGCAAAAGGUUGAAGAAAACCUAGCGCCACUACAUCACUCAGGAUGGAGUCUCAAAGCUCCCUACACCCCCAAACCGGCGGCGGAGUUCGGGACAAAGAGCCAGCUCCUCCACCGCCUAUCGAAGAACUUCAAGUCCAAGUUGAGCAGUUGAAAGCCCAAGUCCAAGCAUUGACAGCAGCACCUCCUCCACCCAAUGGGUUGCAUGCAAGCUCUAGCCACUAACCAGAGACCACCGGAGGGUCAGCCUACCCCAAUGGGACGUCAAUCCGCCCUCCACCUCCACAACCAGGGAAUCUUUCAUACCUUGAGGCCCACUUGACUCCCAGUUUCAUUGCUGGCCCUUGGCACGGAAAGCCUUUGGCCCGUUCAAUUAAUCCUGGACCAGCCCAACCCCCGAACUUCCAAAUGCCUCACCACCUUCCAGAAUAUUACUGCACUUCCGACCAGAGGAUCACCUCAGUGCCUUCCAGAUUUUGAUGCCUUUCGUGGGGGCAUCUGACGCUACCAUGUGCAAACUCUUCCUCACCACCCUCCGGGGAGUGGCAUCUGAGCAACCAAUACUAGAAAGAAACCCUAAAACAACAAUGCCAACAAUCAAGACUCGAUGUCCGAUCCUUAUUACUUACAUGGAUCUGAGAAACCAAGAAUAGAAAGAAACCCUAAAACCCUCGAAAUAAAGAACCAAAACAAAA